AUGACUGACAGUCAGAUGAGCGACACGGACGAGGACGUGUCGAGCGUGCUCCUUGCUCUCCCCGAUGGGCCGCUCGAGGCCGGGGAUGAGAUGAGCUACACGACCUCGCACAUUGGUGGCCACGCCGCCUUCCCGCCCGUCGACGGCGUGCCCAAGUCGGUCGACUGCAAGAGCUGCGGACAGCCCAUGCCCCUCCUCUCGCAGGUGUACGCGCCGCUAGUCGACGGCGAGAACGACCGCACAGUCUACGUCUUUGCGUGUCCCCGCCACGCGUGCCGAAGAAAGGACGGCUCUGUCCGCGCCUACCGCGCCUCGAAGCGCAACGAGGCGUACGUCGCCGACGUCGCUGCGAAGAAGGCAGCUGCCGAGGCCGCCGCCGCGGCCGAGCGCGAGCGCGCCCGCAAGAACCCUUUCACGGCCACAGCCCCCUCGGAGCAGCAGGGCGGGCUGUUCGGCUCGAACCAGCCUCUCUUCGGCGCCGCUGCGCCGAAUCCCUUCGCCGCCCCCGCCCCCGAGGCCGCGAAGCCCGCAGCGCCUGCGGCCGAGAUGGCCAAGCUCGAGAUCAAGGAGGGCGAGCCCGUCCUCCUCGCGCCGGCGCCGGCGUACCUGCCUGCGCAGUAUCUCUCCACGAUCGACGAGUACCUCCCGGACCCCGAGAGCGACAGCGACCUCAGCGACGACGAGGACGAGUCGCCCGAGCAGGCGGCCGAAUGGCGCGACGCAGACGGGUGGGACAAGAUCCUGCCCAAGAGCGUCGACGACGUGUUUGAGAAGUUUGUGCGGCGGCUCGAGACGGCCGAGGACGCCAGCACGCAGGUGCUCCGGUACGACUUUGGCGCCGUGCCGCUCGCGUACCAGUCCACGUCUUCUGUGUUCAAGACCCUCUUCCCCGGCGCGCCGACCAAGAAACCCUCGUCCGAGGAAGAGGACCCAGACCUGGGCGAGUACUAUACCGAGAAGAGCAUCCCGCGCUGCACCAAGUGCGGCGCGAAGCGCACGUUUGAGCUCCAGCUCGUGCCCCAGCUCAUCAACGUGCUCCGCCCCGACAGCUUUGCGGCCGACGGUGUCACCGUCGCCAAGAAGGAGGCCAGGGACAUGACCGAGGAGGAGCGCAAGAAGGAGCUCGAACGUAUCGCCAAGGGCGACGACGCCAAUGCCGACGGCGUCGCGGACAUGGAGUGGGGAAGCGUGUAUGUCUUUGGGUGCGAGGGCGAUUGUGUCGGCGUCGCCGAGGAGCACGUGCUCGUCGACUGGGAGGCGCUCGCGCAGUAA